AUGGAAUAUCGCUUACUCAAGAAUCCCACAUUGUAUGAUGACUACAAAGCGUUUAUGGCCGAAUAUUUAUCCAUGGGCCAUAUGAUAAAAAUCGGAACUAUCGAUACAGUGGUUGACGGUCCAGACCAGUACUUCCUUCCCCACCACCCUGUCCUCCGACCAUCUAGUAGCACCACCAAAUUACGUGUCGUUUUCAAUGCGUCCUCAAAAACUUCGAACGGUCAGUCCCUGAAUGAUAAUCUUUUGGUCGGCCCAACCAUUCAACAGAAUUCGGCAGAUAUUAUUUUGAGGUUUCGAAAACAUCGAGUCGCUAUGUCAGCUGAUAUUUCAAAAAUGUACCGAAUGAUAAAGAUGCACCAAGAUGAUCAACGGUUUCAAAAAAUUCUGUGGCGAUCGAGUCCUGAUAGUGAAAUAUCUGUGUAUCAGUUGACAACCCUCACGUACGGCACGGCCUGUGCUCCCUUCAGCGCUACUAGAUGUCUUCUACAACUCUGCCAAGACGAGAAAGAUCGUUUUCCUUAUGCUGCGGCUCGUGGUACUACUGACUUCUACAUGGACGAUGCAUUGACCGGUGCGGACAGCACAGACGAAGCAAGGACUCUGCAAACUGAACUAAUCGAAAUGUGUUGUUCCGGAGGGAUGGUUCUGCAUAAAUGGUGCUCCAACGACAUCAAAAUCCUGGAUGCUGUUCCCAGCGAAAAUCAAGAACAAAAGACUUGCGGAUGUACGAAGCGUGAAAUUCUGUCAGACGUGGCAAAGCUGUACGACCCGAUCGGACUCAUCGGUCCUGUGAUUCUGACAGCCAAGUUGAUUGUUCAGGAGGCAUGGAAAAGCGGAUAUGGCUGGGACGACGUUGUAGACGAAGGGUUGAAAAACAAGUGGCUAAAAUUUCGCUCUCAAAUCCAACAAGUAGACCAAAUCAAAGUCCCAAGGUGUGUGCUCCCUAACAACCAAUUGAAGUCCAUUGAACUACAUGGCUUCUCCGACGCUUCGAAAUCGGGCUACGGAGCCUGCGCGUACGUAAGAUCGGUCGAUUGCGAAGAUAAAGUGUCGGUUCAGCUCCUUUGCUCAAAAUCGCGUAUAGCUCCAAUUCAUUACAUCCAAAAAACGACCAGUCCAGCUUUGUGGCGGCACAUUGGCACGAAGGAGAACCCAGCCGAUGCCCUGUCACGAGGACUCAUGCCGAACGAGAUUGUCGACUUCGAUAAAUGGUGGCACGGGCCGUGCUUCCUGCAGAACAUCGAGGCUACAUGGUUAUCUGACGACAAGCCAAACAUCGAAAUCGAGGACAUCCCAGAACUGAAGGCAUUGGUGAGCGUGGUCAACGAGCGGUUCAGCAUCUUCGAAAAUAUUGGCAGCUUCGAAUCGAUGCUACGCACGAUGGUCCAGAUGCUGCGAUUCAUCAGAAAAAAGCCGAAACAACCCUGCACAUUUCGGACGAAUGUGUAUCACGUGCUGGAACUCAACGAUGCUUUGGUGAAAUUGGUGAAGCUAGUUCAAGAAGAAGUUUUCUCUGACGUCAUCGAAAAACUUCGCAACGGCAAGUCAAUUCCCCGAGACAGUCAUUUGCUAACUCUCGGACCAUAUCUCGACGACGACGGUGUGAUGCGAGUUCGUGGACGACUUCAAAAGGCGCAGAUUCCCGAGGACAUGAAAAACCAAAUGAUCCUCCCGGCAGACCAUCCGUUUACAGUAGCAUUGAUACGGUCGUAUCACACCAAGUACCUCCACGCAGGACCUCGUCUUACCAUCGAAGCUCUACGCCAAAAGUUCUGGAUUGUACGAGGACAAAACAUAGUGAAGAAAGUGAUUCGCCAAUGUACCAAGUGCUUCAGACGAAACCCGAAAAUUUUGAGUCAACCUGUUGGCGAGCUUCCUGUUUGUCGAGUCGAGCAAAAUUAUCCUUUCUACAACACCGGAGUAGACUUCGCAGGGCCUGUGAGUUUACAGCAACGAAACAGACGAUCGACGGUCACGUACAAGGGCUACAUCGCUGUGUUUAUUUGCAUGGCGACUCGGGCGAUCCAUUUGGAGCUGGUCGGGGACCUGACAUCCGAGGCGUUUAUUGGGGCUCUCCAAAGAUUUGUCGGACGACGAGAGCUGCGAAAGUUGUUUUGCGACGAACAGCACCAACAAUCCCUGGUCAACUACUGCAGCGAAGAGGGCAUCUCUUGGCACUUCCAGCCACCUUAUUCUCCUAAUUUUGGUGGCAGCUGGGAGUCUGGUGUAAAAUCUAUGAAAACGCACCUACGAGCAGUGUUAGGCAACGCAGUGCUAACCUACGAAGAGAUGUCGACGGUGCUAGCGCGGAUCGAGGGGGCCCUCAACUCGCGCCCAUUGUGUCCUCAAUCAACCGAUCCGGGUGACUUGACCGUUCUCACCCCGGGUCAUUUCCUGAUCUUCCGACCAUUGAAGGACCUACCAGAGCCCGAUUUCCAGAAGACGAAGACAUCCCUGAUGAAAAGGUGGCAACACGUGUCGAGACUGGUUCGACACUUCUGGCAGCGAUGGCAUAUCAACUACUUGACCCAAUUGCAGAACCGAACCAAACUUGAUCAAGCGAAGAACAUCGAACCUGGACAGGUAGUUGUGGUGCGCGACGAGAAUCUUCCACCCCAAAGGUGGAUCCUUGGCCGAAUAGUCGAAACCUUCCCAGGACCGGACGGUAUAGUACGAGUCGCUGACAUCCGGACCCAAGACGGCAUAAUUCGACGAUCGAUUUCGAGAUUGUGUAUGUUGCCAAUCCAGAACAAUUUGGUGACACUACACACAACCAUCAAGACUGGGUCCCAGAACACCAUAACCAAAACCAACUGUACUGGUUCUUUGACGGCAGUUGCUGCAGAUUUUCUGCUGCUGGAUCGGACCGAUCCUCAACGAUUGUCUCCGGAGGAUCCGAUGCCGGAAGAAACCGUGAGUCUUAACACCUUCCCUCAAUUCGCAAAUUGA